CAUUAAAAAAUCACAGAUUUCGGAUGAGGAUUUGCAGCAGAAGUUAGCAGACAAAAUUGGUGUUCAAUUGGCGAAACAAGUAAUUGAUAAAAUUGGUGAUAGUGAAGUUAUUAUAACUAUACUUAAUUGUUAA